CUAGACAGAUUAUCGGCAAUACUGAGACAACCAAGUGGAUCUCUCCCUUGUUGGGAUGAUGUCACUAAUGGGUGUGUUGCCCAUUUGAUUGUGGACUUGUGGUGGUGCCACGAGUGUGUUGUCUACAUAGUGAUGGUGAUGGUGCUAGGCGGUGGAAAUGUAGACACGGUGUCAAGGCAGUGGAAAUUUAGAGCCGCCGAUGCUAGUGAUCUUGGAUGUGAGUGA